CAUUUUACACCAAUCAUGUACAACAAUGCGUAAUGCCCCACCCACCCUGUAGUUACCAACAUCACGCUAUGCUAUCUUCACCCUUGAUUCUUGGGCCUGGCAACUCGGAGUAACAAAAUACUGCAACGUCAAGUGAACUGACGAGCUCGAAAUGCUUGGGAAAGCUGCAAGUACAGGAGCAUAAAAGAUUCAGUGUCCAUCGUUUCCCCUCAUUCGGGUGAUAUGGAGUACGAAAGGCGGGGUGGCAGAGGGGACCGCAUUGGUCGCUAUGGCAACAGCCUUGGCGAGCAUGACUUCAGAGACAUGGACUAUAGAGGCUAUGGACAGGACGAGGCUGAGGCAGAGCCUGGUUACAAGGACCAUUCUGAGGGUGAUGACGGUGUCAGCGGGUCAGAAGAUUUCUCUCCCACUCGUUUUCCUGACAAUCGGCCAGGGUUUCAGCACAGGGGAAUGCGGGGUUCGAACCCAAACAGACCAGGAAAGACUUUCCCCAGGGGUUCCCACUCCCAACCCCAGCAAGCUCCGCAGAGAUUCCGACCUGACGAUCGGGACUUUGUGUUUGACUCAGAGUCCAAGGGACUCCGAAGGGACCACCCAUCCUUCAGAGGGCAGAAGAACUUUCCAGAGAACCAGGCCCAUCACCCUGGAGACAGUCACGAGACGACAGGCUGGGGGGUCAGGCCAGGGGCUAGGACUUUUGCUGGACAGGAGGAGCAGGGGGCAGGACGACGAGGGGAAGAAGACCAAUUCAACAGAGAGCUCGGCCAUAGAAAGGGUUUCUCUGACGCGGCGGCCCAGGGUGGUAACAGUAACAGAGAAGCGGGAUUUGGCACUGGCUCUGAUUUGGAUGAGGCUGAGCGCAGCGACCAGGACUACAGAGCAGACCUGGACCAGGCGCAGAAGCCGAGCAACAUCAUCAUGCUGCGCACACUACCCCCCAACGCCACGGUCAACGAGAUCCGCACCUUGUUGCAGGAGCAAGUAAUUCAACCCCGCGAAGUUCGCCUAAUGAGAAAUAAGUCUUCAGGUCAAAGCCGAGGAUUCGCCUUCGUCGAGUUUAAUCACUUGCAGGAGGCCACCCGAUGGAUGGAGACCAACCAGAGAGUGCUUAUUAUUUUAGGGCAGCGAGUGUCCAUGCACUAUAGCGACCCAAAGCCACGUGCAAAUGAAGACUGGCUCUGCAAUAAGUGCGGAGUGCAGAACUUCAAAAGGCGUGAAAAAUGCUUCAAGUGUAGUGUCCCAAAAUCAGAAGCUGAGCUGAAAUUGCCUCUGGUGCAGAAAGAUUUGCCCCUUGGGCAAUUAAAGGACCCAGCCCAAGGUCUGUUGCCCCUGCCCACUCUCUACCAGCCCUCUGCUCCUCUCCUGGCCUUGGGCACUGCGUCACAGGCAACCGAGCUGGCCAAUGACACUCUUAUCCUGAGGAACCUGGGACCCCACACUAAUGUGGACACCAUCUUGUCAGCUCUAGCUCCUUUUGCCACGCUCUCUCCCUCGAAUGUGCGACUUAUCAAGGACAAGCAGACCCAGGUGAACCGUGGGUUUGCCUUCCUUCAGCUCACCACCAUUGUGGAAGCCUCCCAGCUCCUUCAGAUUCUUCAGGCUCUGCAGCCUCCCCUGUCCAUCGAUGGCAAAGUCAUCGCCGUGGAGUUCGCCAAGGGCUCCAAGCGGGAUGUGUUUCUUACUGAUGGGAGUCGUGUCAGUGCCGCUACAGUGGCCAGCACAGCCAUAGCGGCAGCACAGUGGGCUGUUUCCCAGAAUGUCCAGCUGGGCUCAGGUGUGUCCCAGGGUAGUGAUAUUGCAGUGUACCAGCAGGGGGCAGUGUUGUCAAUGUUUGGGCAGGAGAGGCAGGAUGGAGUAGUGUCUGAUGGUUUGGGCCAUAAGGGGCUGAGUGGAUUAGCAGGCACCAGCCUCAGUGCCUCUGGCCUCAUGGGGGCCUACGAAGGUGGAAUAACUGCUGGAGUGGUCACGUCUGAAGCGAAGGUUUCUGCAGCCACAAUCGCUUCUGCACAAGUCCAGCUCAUCUCCACGGCAACCUCCACGCAGUCUAAUCCGCAGACCCCUGCGGCUGCGACUGUGGAGAUCAUUGGGAAACCCCAACCUGCUGCUCCCAGCCAGCCCUCUGUACCGGGGACACCAUCAGAGCUGCUGCAGUACCCUGUUCCUGAUGUCUCCACCUACCAGUAUGACGAGAGCUCUGGGUAUUACUACGACCCCCUCACUGGCCUUUACUACGAUGCCAACUCACAGUACUAUUAUAAUUCCCAUACGCAACAAUACAUGUACUGGGAUGGGGAGAAAAGGACCUACGUUCCAGCACCUUCCCAAACAGAGGGUGCGGGUGCUGAUUCAACAUCUCUUGAUGCUUCUGUUGGCAAGGACAAGAAGGAUAAGCCCAAGACAAAAACUGCUCAGCAGAUAGCGAAAGACAUGGAGAGGUGGGCCAAGAGCCUGAACAGGCAGAAAGAGAACGUGCGCUCGCUGACCUCCUCCGCCUCCACCUCCACCAACCCCGUCACUCGGGGCCCUGGGCAGGGUCGCUCCGACGACCGCAGAGAAUCUGCCAGCGCAGAUGCCGGAUACACCAUUCUGGAGAAGAAGGGUGCUCUAUCCGAGAGACCUCAUAUUCUUUUAGAACAGAUCAAGCAUCCAGAGGAGAGAGAGCAGUCUCCUCCUCGUCCUCUGGUUGCUGCCUACAGUGGUGAGACCGACAGCGAUGAGGAGGGGACAGAGAAGGAGGAGCGGCUAACGGACUGGUCCAAGCUGGCCUGCCUACUGUGUAGGAGGCAGUUCCCCAGUAAAGAAGCCCUUAUCCGGCAUCAGCAGCUCUCUGAACUGCACAAGCAAAACCUAGAACAGAGGAGGGCCCGACAGACCCAGCAGGACGGCUCAGGGGGAGCAGAGAGUGAGCUAAGAUACAGAGACAGGGCUGCGGAGAGGAGGGAGAAGGGAGGUGUCCUUGACGAGCCAGAGGCCAAGAAAUGGAAGUUCAGCCCUAUUGAUGGUCCCUCAGGCAUCAGUCUCGGAGCGCGGAUGCUGCAGGGUGGAGUUAAAAAAGGCUUCCUGCUGCGCAACAUGCCAGACUGAGGACCAGUGCCGCAUCCCCAACCCAACCUCUUCAUCUUCUCAUUCAGCUCACUUAGCAUUGUGCCUGGCCCAUCCUGGAUGACUCUGCAUGGACCGUUUCCGUUGCACAGAAUGCACCUUUGGUCUUCCUCGUGGAGCCCCAUGUGCUCUUCAACUGAAACAUUUUUUGCAGCCACCUUGCACGUUAAAGAUGCAGUCCGCAAAACGUGGAGGAUUUCUGUGCUCAACAGCCAAUCAAAUGACACCUCUCCCCUCUGUGUUCCCGAAGCACCGUGUUGAUUGGCUGGGUUUGGUUAUGGCUCGGUCCGAGCCACUAUGUUUGUUUCCCAUUUACAGAGCCAGGACUUUGUAUGAACAUCAAAGGUUUAUUUUAGCACAAGCACUGAACAGACAGCUUGAGGAGCAAUUAUGAAUUUGACAAAAAGUGUGUGGGAUUAGAAUUGCGGACUGCACCUUUAAUAAUGACCUCAUGUUGGUCAUGUUUAGGGUAAAAAAAACUGCCAUUGGAACUCACUUUGUACAUUACAUUCAUAUUUUAAACUUGAAAUAGGAAAUUAACUUUUCCAUAGAUCUAACUGCUCCAAAAUGACUCGCCUUUAGCUGAAGUAAAGGUUAUGGUGUGGUUAUCCCAUUUGCUAUGCACAGUGGUUGAAUGCUUAGUCAUACACUCCUAUGCAAAGACUAUAGACUGAUGGCGUGGUAAGAGCAUUAACAGUGUUGUGUUGUGAAGUGUGACUGCUGAGGAUGAAGGGUAUAAAAGGGAACAAAUGUGUGUGUGAAAUGGAUAUUUUGUCCUUGGUUGUGAAGUCACACGAUUUGAGACUUGUUUGUAAUUCUAAUUUUGUCAUUUAGUUAAUCCCAGUUUCAGAGAUGCAUUCCUGUCUUUCAUGGCUAAUGCUGUUGAAUUAUAUGGGCUGUUUAGUUUGUCUUUGUUUUGUAAUUGUAAAUUGAAAUGCCAAUGACGUAAUCUUAAGUCUUAAAACAUUUAAAUGCUUGUGUUGCCGUUAUCUAUUUAUAAUUUUACAGUUUUUAUCAGAUGAGUGUGUUGUGAAUGAAUGGUUUCCUGAAAAUCUAGUGUGAAUUAGAGAACUGGGUAUCUUGCGUAUUGGACUUUUGCGUAAUUUUGUACUGUUCUUAACACCAGCACAAUGAGUAAUUCCCCAGUGUAUUUCCUCUUCGUGUUGGGUGUUGGAAUUACACAACAGAAUGCAUUUGCACAAUAUAUUGUAGGUAUACUAUAGGAGAAACAUGAUAUACAAAUUAGUAAAUCUGUACAUAUCUAAAGUGACUGAGGGAUGAUAUGUUGCUGUCACCCUGUUUUUUUACACACUGACCUGUUGGAUCUGGCAACAGUUGGUUAAUAAUAAAUAAACGCAGUCAGUUAUGUGAGCAUAUUUUAACUUUCUGUGAAGAAAGGGAAAA